AUGGAAAGCCUCAGUGAGCUCCAGAACCCCCUGCUAGACAAAACCAGCCGACAAGUGGUGCAAAAUGACUACCAGGGUUACCAGUGUGACUACCCAAGCCAGCCUUAUCAGGACAGCCUCAUUGGCUACUAUUACACUGGGACUAACAGCGAGCAUAAAACUCAACAGUUCCUGGACGCCAAAUCCCUGCAUCUGGCUGUGGAGGCCUUCUACGGGCCCAACUUUAUCCUGUACAAAGACGACGUGAGCCUUCACAGCAAGGACUCCAAGAGCGAGAGCUUUGAAACAACUUUCACAGAGAGUAAGGACACGGUGUUGGAUGGAGUUUCUGCAGAAAACCCUCUGGACAGCACGCAAGGAGAGAAUGAUGCAAAGAUCCAGACUGUGUCGUACGAGGUGGAGGAGGAGCAGGGUCCUGAGUAUGAGAGUGACAGCUCCAGUGACAGUGAGAGUGAAGACAACUUCUUUGUGCUGCCCCCUCGGGACUACCUGGGCCUAGCCAUCUUCUCCAUGCUCUGCUGCUUCUGGCCCUUGGGCAUCGUUGCCUUUUACUACUCUCACAAGACAGGCAAGGCCAUCUCUAAGGGAGACUUCUCCAGAGCAGGAAUGAGCUCCAGAAGAGCCCUAUUCCUGGCCGCUCUUUCCAUCACCAUUGGAACAGGGAUGUAUGUGGGGGUGGUGGUGGCCCUCAUAGCCUACCUGUCCAAGCCUGGACACGUAUAGCACUGGGACCGGCUCGUUUUGGUAGGGGAGAUAGAGAGAAAGAGGAAUCCAGAUGGGAGGAAGGGAAAAGACGAGGUCGGACACCUCUCCUGAAGGCGCGUGUCUGUGCUGCUGCCUGGCUGUCUGCAGAAAAAAAGAAGCUCUAUGAAGAGAAAAGACUAAACCAAAAAGACAGAGAAAGGAAGAAAAAAAACA